AAUAAAAUAACAUAUAAUAUGAAAAUUUAUGAAAUAUAAAAUUUAUAAUAAAUAUAAAAUUAUGACAGAUAAAUAUAUCUGGCAUAAUUUAGAAACGUCAAAUCAAUUUUACAGUACAUUGCAAAAUGUAUGUAAAUUUAGAAAAAAACAUUUAUUGGAAAAAUACAAUCAAUGUGAUUUACAAGAAACUAUGAUAAAUAGCAAUAUUUAUAAAUUAAAUAAUGAUUGCUUAAUACUUAUUUUCCUUCAUUUACCAAUUGUAGAUAGAAUUAGGAUAGAAAGGGUGUGUAAAAGAUGGCAGAAAGUAAGCCAAAAAUCUUGGCAUAAUAUAAAGAAAUUAGAUCUAAGAAAUUAUACCUGGGGAUUUACUUCUAAUGCUAAAUUAAAACAAAUAAAUACAGUUAUUCUUAAUAAAGUAUUAUCACGAUGUGGUAAAUUUCUAAAUAAAAUAUAUUUAGAAAAAACAUUUUGCGAGGGUAGAGAAAGUGCAUUGUCUAUUAUUGGUAAUUUAUGUCCUAAUUUAGAAAUCAUUGAUGUCAGUUAUCUCCAAGUACCUUCAACAGGAAUAACAUCAAUAAUAAAUAAUUGUCAUAACAUAAAGAAACUUAGUUUAGAUUGUAUAUAUCUUUUCGACACAGAUUUGGAAAAAUUAUUUAAAGUAAAUCAACAAUUACAAUUUCUUAAAUUAGUUGACAUUAAAAUAUCUGGUAAAUGUUUAUUAUAUUUACCAUCAAAUACAAUAAAAGAAAUUAUUAUAAAAAGAUGUGAUUAUGUUUGUGAUAAUGAUGUUGCAGAGGCAAUUACAAGAUUAAAUAAUUUAAAACAUUUUAUAAUAUCAGAAUGUUUUGAUACUUUAGAAAAAACUACAAAAGCUAUUGGCAAAUAUUCUACAAGUUUAGAAACAUUGGAAAUUAUUGGUAAAUCUAGUAUGUUACAAUUCAAUGGUAUAUCACAUGUAAUUACAUUAAGUAAUCUUAAAAAUUUGAAAGUAAGUGCAAAUUGGUUUAUUUGCAACUCUAUUCUUUGUAAAUUAAGUUCACAUUGUCAACAACUGAUUUACUUAGAUCUUAGUGAUGUUCCAGGUCAUUUUAUUACAGAUCAUACUUUAGCAGCUAUAGAAAAAUUUACAAAAUUAGAAAUAUUGAUAACACGUGAUUUAUAUCAAGUUACCAGCAAUGGUUUAUUACAUUUGUAUAAUUUAAAACAGCUAGUGUGUCAAGAAUGUAGUUUUUUUGAUAUAACAAUAUCUAAAUUUAUUCAACAUUCCUUUCAACUGAAGAUAUUAGAUUUAUCUGGAUGUCGUAACAUAACAAAUGUUACAUUAAAAAGAGCAGUGACAGCUACUAAUUACAGAACUAAUAAUAUUAUUUUGAAUUUAUUUAUUGGUGGAACUGCAGUUAAUCUUGAAACAUUUAAGGAAGUAUCACCAUUUUUACAAAUAUAUAAUACAGAUUCACGUUACAAAGAAAUAUUUCCAUUUCAUCCAGAUUCCAUAUUAAUAUAAAUUUCUUAUAAAUGUAUUUUUUUA